AUGGGCCAGUGGGUACCUACUGCAGCUGCAACCAUUGCCUCCACAGAAAUGGGGCUUCUCCUGAGAGAUGAUGUUUUUGUUGACUUUUUCAACACGUUUCUGAGUCUUCCUGUUUUUGGCCAGACACCCUUUUACAUCAGCAGCAUGGGCCGGUGGGACCUCUGGCCAGAGCUGCCAAGCUGCCUGGAUUCCAGCCCCACAGCUCUCCUGGCGUGGCUGGAAAAGCACCGCCUGCCACACUUCUGCAAAUCAAGCCUGUGCCUCCACCUCGUCCUCUGCCAGAAGCUCCUGGGUUUCAUUCGGUCGGGGGAAGCAGCAAAAGUGCUGAACUGGCAAAGCGCUGACCGGUGGCUGCUGGAGAAGUGCAUCCGCGGGAGCCACGGCAUGUGGCGUUUCCGGGCCUUCGUCCAAGGAAUGGCAGGGGAAGAAUUGACAGACUUCUGGCUCACCACCGAAAGGCUCCUGGGGCUCAACGAGUCGGAUACAAGGCAAAGGGACCUCUACCUGUCCUUGGUCCACAAGCUGAAAGCCACUCACCUGCGCGAAGGCUCCAGCGUUGUCACCCUCUGCAGGAGCACUGCUGGGCGGCGGCGAAAAUCCAGGCACAUUCAGUCCAUCAGCACCAGGAGGGAGAUGCUAAGCAAGAUGCAGGAAAAGGCCUUGUUUAUGAUUCAGAGUUACUGGCUCCCUAAAUUUUUCAUCCACUGCAAGUUGGGCAUGGAAGAAGAGAAAUCAUGCCAGCCUCUGCUGCAGGAAUAUCGGGAACGUUUAUUACAGGACAACCUGCAGGAGCCCUUAGACUUUUCAGAGAACCUCUUGACAAUGCAUGUUAAAAGGAGUCAGGGUUUGUCAGUGCCCUACUGCAGCCUAAAGGCCAAAGAGAGGAUCUGGACUGUGGUCAAGCCCAGAAGAGACAGCCAAGAAGUGGAGAUACCCAGUUUUCCAGCGCAAGCAGAAGGGCAGCUGCGGCCAGCUGGGAGCACAAAGGAUAAGAACGCUUUGGGAUCGAUUCCUCAGCAGUCAGAGCGUUCUGUAAACGCUGCCUUUGGAGGCAAAGGACAAGAAACCUCUCCCGAAAGACCUACACCCAAGGCAGGGCAGGUCCAUCAUCUGGAAGACCUCUGUGAAGAGGAAGUCCUCUCUGACCUGAGUUCCUCUGCCUCUGGCGUCCAGCUGAAGAAGCCAGUCCAGACUUUGAGUUUCCUUCCCUGGGCCCUUAGUGCUGAGACCUGUGCGGGACGGCCCUUCAGGGACUUCUUGGAGUGCCACAACCGGUCUAUGGAGGCUCAUCUCCUGGACCUGUGGAAUGACCUGGAGGAAUUUCUGCCAGUGGUGCUGGAUUCCAGCAGAGAAAACAGUUUCUUCCUGCGUCAUUUGAUCGGGGAAAAGAUAUGCAAGACCUACCUGGAGGAGGACACCAUCCGGCAGCUUCCUUUGCAGACCAAGACUCUCAGGAGCUUGAGGAUCCAUCUGAUGUCUGCAGAAUUCUCCCCCUGGAUAUACACAGCCCAGAAGGAGAUUUGCAAGGUGCUCUGCUGCGUGUACCAGGAGUUUCUGGCUGAUGAUGACAGGACCUUCCUCCAGUUUAUGUCUCUGCAGGGUGAGGUCCCCAUGCUCAAGGUGCAAGGCCAAGCUGUUCAGAAACAUGAACGUUUCCUCCCCUCCCAGCGGAUGAACGAGUCCUUGAAGCUGAGCCAGGCCUUGCAUGGCACGAGGAACUUUGAAAGUCUCUCCUCCAAGCACUGGAAGUUAAUUGGCAAGCAGGACCUCUGGAAUGAAGACUUCACCCAGGCAGAUGUGAAACAUCUCCCACGCAGCACUGACUCCCAGAAGAGGAUGAAAAAUGAGCUGGCUCUGAGUCGCCAACACAAGAAAAAUGAGCUUCUGCAUCUCAAAAGCCCAUCAUUUGGGCUGCCCAAUCCAUUUGCAGAUUCUGCAGUCUCCAUCACAGACCUUCUCCUUGGCUAUUCCUUGGCUUCCUGGGUGAAGCCUCCUCUUGAGGCUGAGACCAGUUCCUUUGGAUACAUGGCAGCAAAGCUGUCAGGCAGGCACUUUGUGAAAGUACUGCACAACCCUUCCCACCUGCAGUUCUUCAAGCAGUUCCUCAAGGAGCGCAACGCAGACGAACCACUGCAUUUCUGGGUGGAGGUGGAGAAGUUAGCCAAAGAGACCAACCCCAAGUUGAAGAACUUCCUCGUUGACAGCAUUGUCAGGAAGUAUUUCCAUGCCAAAAUCCCAGCUGAACAGCAGCUGGACUGCCACUCUUCUAUCAUCAAAGAAAUAAAGGAGGCCAAAGUAGUCAGCCCGCUCAUGUUGAUGACAGCACAGAUCUUGGUCCAGAAAGAAAUGGAAAAACGAUGGUUUAAAGAGUACCAGGACCUGUUCCCCCCUGGAGAUACAACUAACUCUAACCUCCUUUUGCGGCGUGGGAUGGGGCACUUCAUGACAGGCAAGAUGAGGUGGGCCUGGUAUGCCAUUCAGGGCAUCAUCAGGAGCAUCUCCAAGUUCCGGAGGGAGAUGGACAAUCAGAAACGCCGUGUGGAGUUCGAGGACUUUCUCUGGCGGGAACUGCGAAACGAGGAGGAAAACUUGCCUAUCAGCUCGAUGUGCAGGGACACAGCCUCUGCCAGCACCUCAGCAAACAAGGAGAAGGGCCUAGUGAAACGUCACCUCUUUAACAGCCAGCUCAUCAUCGUCAACUUCCUCGUCAACGACCUCCACUUUUAUCUGGAGAUCGACAAGUUCUCCAGGCUGGCUGAUUCGGUUGAGGCUCUGGCAGAGUGCAGGAUGCCAUCAGAUAAGGAAGUUGCCUUCCUCAAAAAGAAAGCUGCCAUCAUCAGCAAACUCUUCCUGAACUCUGAUAUCCCCCCCAAAUUGCGGGUAAACAUCACUGAAGAAGAGAGAGAUUUAAUCUGGAGUUUAUCUUCCAAGGGGCUACUGAGUCGUGCCCUUUACCAUAGGGCCAAGAUCAUCAUCUUCCCUAUUGUGAUACACUUCUGGAGAAGGUUCUGCACUUGGAAGGUGAUGAGGACCUUUCCAGUCUUCAAGAAGAAGAGAGCACCAAUCUCUACACCCAGUAGGAAACCCUCUGAACCACAUGAACUCUACAGUUCAAGCAAUCACACCAUCAUUGUCUUCACACUCUUGAAAGGUGUCCAGGUCCUGCUGCCACGGUCCAACAAGAAAAUGAACCCACUGGAGGAAAAAAAAGGUGAAAGUAGAAGUAGUAGUAGAAGUAGUAGUAGAAGUAGUAGUAGAAGUAGUAAUAGAAGACUCGUGUCUCCGUACCCGACCACCACGUUGAACAUCCUGCUUCCCACAGCAGGUGAUGCCACCUCUGGAUGCAGUUUCACAGAGUUUGUGUUGCUUCAGGAGACCUUCACUUGGCCCCAUGGGGAGAAAGACCAUGAAAAUCCAGGGAACAAUCUCAAGCCACUCUCAAGGUCCCGUUUUCAUUCACAGAAAUCCCCAGAGCUGGGGCUGCUGGUGUUAACCACCAUUUUCAAGCUGGAGAAGAGAUGA